ACGUUGCCGGCGCGCUGCCAAUAGGGAGCCGCCGCGGCGGCGCUGACGUCGGCGGCGCGGCGCCGGCGCGCAUGCGCGUUGUGUCUGCGCUGCCGAGCCGGCGUGUGGCUGGGGCGGGAGAGCGUUCCCGAAAUGUGGCGCUGAGCUCCAGCCUUCCACCCCCUCCUUCCUGCCCUCCACCAUGGCAGUCCGUUUGGUGCGACGCUGCUGCUGGCGGCACUUCGGUGCCUUCGUCCCCGCUCCCUCGGCCGUCCCGGCUUCUCUGCUGGCGCCGGCGGGGAAGGUGGCGAUGGCCAGAGCUCUGCCUCAAGCACCUUUCGCUUCGCUUCAUGCUUCGAGCCCUGCCAGCUGGGCAGACGGAUUCUCAGUCAAAGAGCAGGUGGAAGACAGCGGGAACCCAGAGCGCAAAGUGAUCGGGGAACUGAUCGAAACGGCCAUGAGCCCUCAGGAACUCUUCCAGUUGAGUGAACUCCACGUUCUUAAUAGUAACGAAGCCUCACUAGUAAUUACUCAACUUUCCCGGCUCGCAAUGGAAAAACAACUAGAAACGAAGAGCAUUCUGCAAGACGGACGUUUCCAACAGCUCAUCAGCAUCAUGGAUUCCCAGAUUUCUCAGGUGUGGAAUAACACCUUGGUGAACCUCCUGAAGAGCCUCUACUCCCUGGGGGUGGACAGCAACAGGAGGGAGAUGCAGUCGGUGGAGCAGGAGGUGCUGUGGAGGCUGCGGCGCCUCACCUUCAGGCAGCUUGCCUCCCUGGCGGAGUUCUUGGCGGUCAGGCAGGGGAAGGAGAGCAAACUGCUGAACGAAGUCAUCAAGAAGCUGGAGCUGCGCUGGACGGAGAUCGAGGGCACCCGAUCCGUGGUGAUGCUGAUGGGCAAGGUCGGGCACAUCUCCCCGGCUCUGAUGGACCGGCUGGAGGACAAGGCUCUGGAGCUUGCUGAACAGUUCAACCCCAACGACAUCCGGAAGAUAACGCUGGCUCUAGCCUACCAGAACCGGCGCUGCGUCCCGCUGCUCCGAGCCUUGUCCUACCACCUGAUCCAGAAGCAUUCUGAGCUCAGCCUCAACGUCCUGACGGACCUGAUCUUCGCCUAUGGAAAACUGAAUUUCCACCAGCCCCAGGUCUUCCAGAAGAUAGCCACCGACCUGCACCCCCACGUUUUCACCAUGACGCCCGUCGAGGUGACGCGCUGCAUCAGAUCCUUCUCCCUCCUCAAGUGGCUCAGCCUGCCGCUGUUUGAGGCCAUCGCACAGUACGCCCUGGACAACACCAAGCAGCUGUCAGUCGCCCAUCUGUGCAGUAUCAUCCUGUCUUUUGCUCGCCUGAACUUCCAGCCCAGCAACAGCGAGGACUUUUUCAACAUGGUCCACGAGGAGCUGCAGGGCCAGCUGGCCAGCCUGGAGCCUCACCUCCUCACCGACCUGGUGUGGUCGCUCUGCGUGCUGCAGCAGGCCAAGGCUCCCUACCUGCACCGAGUGCUGGCGCCCGACUUCCACGCUUGGAUCCGAGGCGACCGGUCCCUCAAAGCUCAGAAUUUACGCCUGAAGCUCGUCCACAUCAACGCUGCCGCCAAGCUGGAAAGCCCCGGCUACCGGGGCCCGUUCCUGCCGGCGGAGAUGCUGAGCCCCGCGGAGCCGGCGGGGGAGAAGGUGGUGACCCAGCUGCAGAGCAGCCUGCGGGAAGCGUUGGCGGGGGUGCUGGGGAGCCGGGACAACGGGCGCCUCGACGUACGCACCGUCUACGGCUGGCAGAUCGACGCCGAGAUGGUGGUGAACAGCGAAAAUAAACCUCUCCCCUUGAAGGACUUUGCUGCUCCCCAUCUGCUCCGCUCCGAAGGGACGAAGCCGCUGCCGCCGGGCGCCAGGAGGGUCGCUUUCCUCCGGUGGGAAUUCCCCAAUUUCAGCAACAGGAGCAAGGACCUGCUGGGUCGCUACGUCAUGGCCCGGCGCCACAUCCAGGCGGCCGGCUUCCUCGUGGUGGACGUCCCCCACUACGAGUUCCUGGAGCUGAAGCUGGAGCGGCAGCGGGCGGCCUACCUCAAAGACAAGCUCAACAAGGUCACGGCCAAAGCGCUGGCGAGCUAACCGCGCCGGCGCCGCCCCGCCGAGCCCUGUUCCAAUAAACCCGCUGCUGUACAGUGCUGCGUUUUGGGGGGGGGGGGGGGCCCCUUUGGCUUUUUUCUGGACUGGGGGGGGGGUGGGAGGGAAAUAAAGAGUCACCACCCCGAUGCUCGGCGGGACCCCCUUCACCGCAGCGGCGGCUCAGCUCCCGCUUUGAGCCGGGGAUUAGGAUUAAGAAUGA